AUGCAUCCUACUUCAUCCCUUCGCGAACCCCCACCCAACACGACCCCACCGGGUCUGCGUAGCCCUUCUCCAUCGACGGCCAGGUCGAGUGACGACCGUGACGACCGCCGGAAGGGCAAAGGACGUGAGCGCGACGAGCUUGCGGACGACGACCACCCGCGUCCAGAGAAGCGCAGCCGUACCGGAGCUGGGAGCGGCCGCAGUGGCCGUCACAGCGGCGACUCGCCCAGCUCGAAGGGCACUGCCAACUCGCCACCCCGCGAGACGCAACCAACCACCAAAAGCCGACCGGCCAACCUCGCACCCAUCAAGCCUAUUGGGUUUGCAGCUUCUCGUGAAGCACGCGGACGUGACGACGGUGGUGACCCGCCUGUUCCAUCACCAGUGGUUCUGGGCUUUGAUUUCAAGAGUAUCGACGAAGAUCAACUGAAGACGGUCCGGGACACGAUCAGCAUCAAGGAGCAGCAGCAGGCGUUGAUCGCACAGAGGCGCAAGGAGAUGGCCGCAAGCCAGCCAUCGACGCCACGUGAAUUGACGUUCAAAGGUUGGACACCAAAGGAUCCGGAGAAGCGUGGCGUGGGUGCCCGCCGUGAGAAGACGCGUGACAAGGUCGAGAGGAUGAGCAUUGUCACCUCGACUAGUGACAAGGACGUUGUCCCCGGAUCCAAGAGUGCGCCCCUCAACCAGGGACUUGCGUCGCAGCAGCAGUCGCCAAGGGAACCUCCUUCUGGGUCGCAGACUGCGAUGCCGCAGCACAUUCUCCCGCCUAUGCACUACCCGGCACAUCCCCACUCGGCACACUACAUUGCAGAUCCUCGCACUGCGCCCUUGUCGCACUCUCGCUCUGGGCGCCCAGAGGAAAGCAACUUUGCACGCCAACAACAGCCGUACCACCAGAGUCAGCCGCCGCUACAUCGCUCAAGCGGGUCGGGCUUACCUUCCGCCAGCAGUGCAUCGCGCCGCGACAUGCGCUACCCUCCCGAGUUGGGGGCCCGACCGUCGCAACAGCAACAACAACAGCAGCAGCUUCCCCAGCAGCCCAACACGGCCGAUCGUCGCAACUUCUCCAUCCCCGCCCUCCACCCUGGUGGCUCUCAUUAUCCGCCGUCGCCUCACGGCGCCACACACCCGAUUGGCCCGGGUCCACCCUCUGCGGCUCUCCGCAACGGUGGCGUGCAUCGUCCAAACGGCUACUCGUUGAGCCCGUCGCCUCCCAGCCACGGGCGCGAACAGUUCCUGGCACCUUUCAACCAGCUGUACGAUUUGCUGUCUGGAGUCGAGCAGCAGCGUUUCCAGCUGCAGGAGAUGAUGCACCGUUCGGAGCAGACAUACACGAACCAAAUGGCAGCCCAAAACGAGUUCAAGGCGACUGCGAGCAGAGCGUCGGGCCUUUUGCGUACACUGCAAGAGAGUGCCGAUUCGCUCAAGGAGAUGGUUCGGUACGAGGUGGAUCGCGCAAUUUCGUCGGACCGCCGCGAGGUCGACGAGUUGCGCGAGCGCGUGCGAGCACUCGAGGACCGGCUCGCCCACAAGUAG